AUGGCUUCCCACGAGCAAGAGGACACCAUGCCCGAGGAGACUCAGGGCUACAAGCUCUCCCAGCCCAAGCAGAGUCUGGCUGAGUACCAGAAGAUGGUUCCCCCUGUUCCUCUCUCGACUCCCUCGGGAUCGCGUCCUCAGUCAUUUAAGAUGAUGGAGGAGAGACACCUUCACCGAGCAAGAGCUCUAUCACACCCUGUUCCUCCCAAUCCUCCCAACUCACCCCGCCUCCAAGAAAACAUGCUCACCCAAGAUCUCAACCUGAUUCGGGACUUUUAUAUGUCUCCCCUUGUCGUUAGGGCAGCACAUGGUCUGGCUGUUCUUGAGCCCUUGGACCUGGAACAAUACGAGAUGAGAGACGACCGGCCGACUAACAGCACCACAGACGAGAACGAUGAGUCUCUCCAGCGCUACAAGGAGUCUCUCGGCCUUGGCGGCGGCAAGGACCUCUCUGACGCUUCCGACCCCCGUGUCUGCAUCAUCCUCUCCCUGACCAUGGAGUCUCCCGGUCGCGACCCCGUCACCAUUGACCUGGCUGCUCCUGGCUCUGAGGCGACCCUCAAGGACAAGCCCUUCAAGAUCAAGGAGGGCGCCAAGUUCACCAUGGUUGCCAAGUUCAAGGUCCAGCACGAGAUUCUCAGCGGUCUGCAGUACGUCCAGGUCGUCAAGCGCAAGGGAAUCAAGGUCAGCAAGGACUCUGAGAUGCUGGGCAGCUACGCUCCCAACACCGACAAGCAGACCACUUACACCAAGCGCUUCCAAGAGGAGGACGCUCCCUCCGGCAUGCUCGCCAGAGGUCACUACAACGCCAUCUCCAGCUUCGUCGAUGAUGACAAGAAGACUCACUUGACCUUUGAGUGGUCUUUCGACAUCGCCAAGGACUGGUAG